GCCUAAACGUGGAGGUGGGAUUUUAGCUACCGUCCAUCUUCAGCUACAUUACAGUGAGCGAGCCUGUCGAAAAGAAAAUAUAUUUUUGGAAGUAAAGAAGAUUUUCUGGAAUUAGUUUUGGCUUUAUCUGAAAUAAGACAAACGAAAGCCCAUACCCUAGAUCACUGUUGGACAGACGGAAUGUGGAAAUUGUCGUAGUCAGAGCCAUGGCUGAUAAAAGGAAACUACAAGGUGAAAUUGACAGAUGUUUGAAAAAAGUAGCGGAAGGCGUUGAACAGUUUGAGGACAUCUGGCAAAAACUCCACAAUGCAGCUAACGCGAACCAGAAGGAAAAAUAUGAAGCGGACCUCAAGAAAGAGAUUAAAAAGCUACAGCGAUUGAGGGAUCAAAUAAAAACAUGGGUGGCCUCGAACGAGAUCAAAGACAAACGGCAGCUAGUAGAGAACCGAAAACUAAUAGAGACGCAAAUGGAACGGUUCAAAGUGGUGGAACGUGAAACAAAAACAAAAGCCUACUCUAAAGAAGGCUUAGGGCUUGCUCAGAAGGUGGACCCAGCUCAGAGGGAAAAGGAAGAAACGGGACAGUGGCUAACGAAUACGAUAGAUACACUAAAUAUGCAGGUGGAUCAGUUUGAGAGUGAGGUGGAGUCUCUUUCAGUCCAGACGCGAAAGAAGAAGGGCGAUAAAGAGAAGCAAGAUCGUAUUGAGGAACUCAAGCGGUUGAUUGAGAGACACAGGUACCACAUUCGCAUGUUGGAGACGAUUUUACGAAUGCUGGACAAUGACUCAGUACCAGUGGACGCUAUCCAGAAGAUCAAGGACGAUGUUGAGUACUACAUCGAUUCCUGUCAAGACCCGGACUUUGAGGAGAACGAGUUCCUGUAUGACGACUUAGACCUGGAAGACAUCCCUCCGGCUUUAGUUGCCACGUCUCCAUCAGGCAAUGUGGAAGAUGACAUGUAUCUCCACUCUAGCAGCACUCCCACUUCCACUACAUCUUCUUCGCCCAUCCCUCCAUCUCCGGCCACUUGCACUGCUGAGAACUCAGAGGACGAUAAGAAAAGGGGACGGUCGACAGACAGUCAAGUUAGUCAGUCGCCUGUAAAGAACGGCGCCCCGUCCUUGCAAUCUUCCUUCUCUUCUUCCGCCACCUCCGGGUCCUCUUCCUCCUCCUCCCUCUCCAUGGCGAGUGUUGUCGGAGGCCUCCCUGCGGUUCCCCCCAGCAGCAGCCUCAUAGGAAGCUUCAGCAGCGCGGUACAGCAGCAUCAGCAUCAAUCUGCACAGCAGCAGCCGUCGUCUCAGCCGUCGAAUCAGUCGCAGCAACAGCAGCAGCAGCCGCCUCCAACAAAACCCUCGGUCCCCUCAAACAACACCCCCAGCCCACCCAGCAACCAGCUUCUCCCAGCGUCCACUGCUCCCUCGCUUUCCACGCCCAGCACGCCCAGUUCAACGGCUCCCAACUCUCAGGCUGCGUCCGGGCCCGCCCCGGCAUCCGGUCUGGGCCUGGGCUUGGAUUUAAGGAAAGGCGGCAUGAGCGGGACCAGCGGUGCCAACCAGAUGCCGAGCUUAGGCCUGGCCAGCCACACCACUCCUCUAAACACGAUGGCAGGCCUGAUCCCCGGCUCCACCUCUGCGCUUUACGCGCACGCGGCGGCAUCCGGGGGCCUGGGCCUGAGCAGCAACACCCAGUCCAGCAUCUUGCCCGAGAGCAGCACUUCCAUCUCCAGCUCCAGCGGCGUCACCACCAACGGCGCGGGCUCGGGGCUCAGUUUGCUCGGCUCCAGCCCGGCCCACAACUCUCUGACUGACAGUAUUUUGGGUCUGGUCCCGGGGCAGAGCGUGGCCCCCGCUCCGUCGCAGGCGACCCCGAGCUCUGCCGGCUCCGCCCCCGGAGCGGCGGGCAUGAUGGUGGGAAACGGAGGCAGCUCCGGCGUGGUCGGAGUGAACGCUGCUCCCGCCAGGCCGCCGAGCGGACUGAAGCAGAACGGAAGCCCAAGUUACAGCGCCGUAGUGGCAGAGAGUUCCACAGAAUCGGCUCUAAGCACACCAAGCCAGUCACAAAGCAGCCAAACCUCAUCGCUCAGUUCCUCAUCGAGCCAGCCGAUGGACAACGGCCCCAGCUUAAUUAGCUCCAUCACACUGCCGCCGAGCUCGCCCUCCCCCUCCUUCUCAGACAGCACACCGGGCGGAGGGAGUCUCCUCAACGGGCCCCACUCGUACACGCAGGCCUCUGAGGGCCUCAAGGCUCCGGAGCCCCUCAGCUCUCUGAAGGCGAUGGCUGAGAGAGCAGCGCUGGGAUCGGGAUUAGACGAAGAGAUCUCCAACCUGCAUGUAACCGACAGAAGUCUGAACGAUAUCUUCUCGGGUUCGUCGGCAGCGCCCGGCACACCCGCCGCUCCUCAGCCGUCCGUGUCGGAGGUCAGCAUCCCCCCCUCGCUGGGGGUCUGCCCGCUGGGCCCGACCCCUCUCUCCAAAGACCACCUGUACGAGCAGGCGAUGCAGGAGGCCGCGUGGACACACAUGCCGCACCCGUCGGACUCUGAGAGGAUCAGGCAAUACCUGAUGAGGAACCCGUGCCCCACCUUGCCAUACCACCAUCAGGUCCCACCGCACCACUCUGACACCAUCGAGUUCUACCAGAGACUGUCCACAGAAACGCUCUUCUUCAUCUUCUACUACCUGGAGGGCACCAAGGCUCAGUAUCUAUCUGCCAAGGCUCUGAAGAAGCAGUCAUGGAGGUUUCACACCAAGUACAUGAUGUGGUUUCAGAGGCACGAAGAGCCCAAGACGAUCACUGAUGAGUUUGAACAGGGCACUUACAUUUACUUCGACUAUGAGAAAUGGGGCCAGAGGAAAAAGGAGGGGUUCACCUUCGAGUACCGGUACCUGGAGGACAGAGACUUGCAGUGACGCACACAGAGGGACGCAAAAGGACAGAGAGAAAAACAAAAAAACGUGCUGCUGUUGACAUUCCGAGACUGAACUCCAAACUGUGGAUAGAGAUUGUGAUGUGUAGUAGAAACCCUCUCCAGAAACGGAGACCGGCGUCUGUAUAGGCUGCAUCUCAAUGUGAAGCCCUAGCUCCUCGUGUAGUGCUUUUUUUUUUUUUUUUUUUUCUCUUUUUUUUUUUUACUUUUUUUAUUUUUUUUUGGGUUUCUCUUUUUGACAAAAACACCCUGUGGGUCCGAACAAACAUCGCAGCGCUGCACGAGCUGGGACGGCUCUGGAGAUCCGCGUCUGUGCCUGUCUGUGUGCACACUCAGUAUGUGGCAUUAAGAAAAGCCCCCCCUCUCCUCCUCCUCCCCCCCAUGCAUGUUUCUCAUAUAUUUUUUUCUUCUUUUUCCGUUUCAACGAUGAUUCUCUGUACCACCUGCCCAACUUGAGCCUGGAAGCCUUUGACUCGACACAAAAAAGCAAACCUUGGAUUUGAUUGUUAUGGUGCCCAUCUUGUAUUUUCUGUAAUUCGGUGGUUUAGAACGGGGACGUUCAGUGGACAUUUAGUGAUGGUGUGUAGGAAUGGCUUCUUUUAAGACCCUACAAUGCCUGUUGAAUAUGGUCACUAUUGGAAGAUAGUGAGCUCUUAUCAAUAGAUUUAUUGAUAUUGUCUUGGUCGAUUAAAACGUGAUUGAGAGUGACCACAGGGCCUCUCCCUGUGUAAGGGAAAGAGUCCUUAUUGGACAUGGAUUAAAUUGCUAUGCAAUUGAACUGGUCUCUUGACUCUCUUUACAAAUACAAAAAAAAAAAAAAAUGUUUUUAAGUUAACCUCUCAAAGAUAUUAUGGCGCCUUCAUGUUUGUGAUGACGUAAUAAAACAUGUAAAAUAAAUCUUAA